AUGGCGCGACGCCGCAAGCCCCCCCGCGCGGGCGCCCUGGCGGAACUGGCGCCCCUCAAGAUCGCGACGCAGAUCGCGACGCUACAGGUCAUCUACUACUUCUCCGCGCUGGUCCUGCUCGUCUUUACGGCGCUCGUCGCCGGUACGGGGUUCAGCUUCACGCUGCUGUUUGGAUGGGAGGGUGUUAGGGGGGAUACCACGCAUGGAUGGCUCAUGGCGUUUGUGCUGUUGCUAGACGGAGGACUAUGCAUAUCCGUCGCCAUGGUCGCCCUCGUCGCUCGAUCCAAGCUCGUCCCCGACUUUGCCCUCACCGUCCACUUCCUCCACCUCGUCGUCGCAACCCUCUACAGCGGCCGUCUCCCCCGCCACGCCAUGUGGUGGUUCACCAUGCUCGCCUCGGCCGCCCUCUCCGUGGGUCUUGGCAUCUGGGGCUGCCGGUACCGAGAGCUGCAGCCCGUCUUCUUUGGUGGCCGGAGAAUCCUGGCAGCCACGGGUCCUGAAUCUGGCCCCGCUGCUGCUCCUGCUGCCGCUGGAGAAACUACCGUUACGGAGCAGCCGAGGGAUGAAGAGGAGAUGGCCGUGCCAGGUGGAAGGGGGAAUGGAGAGUAUGAGAUGGCGCCUAUGCAACCUGUAAGAUGA